AUGACUGCAGACAGCAGCAGCAAACAACAGAGUUCGGGGGCCCCAAAGGGGCCCCACAACAAACAAAAGAGAAGCAAGGGGCCCCCAGGGGCCCCAAGCAGUACAGAGGGGGCCCCCAAGAAGGUCUUCAAGGGGGGCCCCAAGGAAGGUUUUAAGAAAGUCCAUAAAACCAUUUCUAAGGGGGCCCCGAAGGAGGGCUUUAAGGGGGCCCCCAAGGAGGGAUAUAAGGGGGCCCCCAAGGAGGGGUACAAGGGGGCCCAUAAGGAGGGGUACAAGGGGGCCCCCAAGGAUGGGGAGUCGAUAAACAAGUAUAAUAAGAAUAAAGACUAUAAAGGGAAUAAAGAAAGAGAGGGGCCCCCUAAAUGGGUAAAUAAAGAGGGGAAAGAAGGGGCCCCCAUGCAUAAGAACAGGCCCAACAACAGCAACAGCAGCAGCAGCAGCAACAGCAACAGCAGCAGCAGCAGCGGUAAAUUACCACAAUGGGCUGUUGCUGCUAUGAAGGCACAGAAAGAAGCAAAAGAAGCAGCAGCAGCAGCAGCAGCAGCAAGAGCUUCUCUCCCUCCUAUACCUCAUCUAACCCUAGCUAUAGUAGCAGAAAUAACCCAGCAGCAGCAGCAGCAGCAGCAGCAGAAGCAGAAGAAGAAGGAGCAGCAGCAGCAGGAGCAGCAGGAAAAAGGGAAGAAGAAGAAGAAAGAAGAAGAAAAGGGUUUAUCUACAAUUACUCAUUUAGAUCUAAAUAGCCGAGGUCUGACGACGAUGGAGGGUUUUGAUUGUUUACCUAAUCUUAAAGCCCUUAUACUAAGCGGCAAUGAAAUACGAAGAAUUCCUUUUGGGAGUUAUUUGCUACGAGUUGAAAGUUUAAGUCUAUAG